AUCUUCGACCUCGUCGUCGGUGGCCGAAGUGGGCGUGGGUGCUGGCGGCAAAAGGCCCGGCUCGUGUCCAGCACCGACCAGGAGCGCGAGCUGAAGGAGAAGCAGCGUAAUGCAGAGGCCCUGGCAGAGCUGAGCGAGAGCCUGCGCAACCGCGCAGAGGAGUGGGCCAACAAGCCCAAGAUGGUCCGCGACACGCUGCUCACGCUGGCGGGCUGCACUCCCUACGAGGUGCGGUUCAAGAAGGACCACUCGCUGCUGGGCCGCGUCUUCGCUUUUGACGCUGUCUCCAAGCCCGGCAUGGACUACGAGUUGAAGCUGUUCAUUGAGUACCCCACAGGAUCGGGCAACGUGUAUUCCAGCGCUUCUGGUGUGGCCAAGCAGAUGUACCAGGACUGUAUGAAGGACUUCGGCCGGGGUCUCUCCUCUGGCUUCAAGUAUCUGGAGUAUGAGAAGAAGCACGGCUCAGGGGACUGGCGCCUACUUGGAGACCUGCUGCCCGAGGCCGUGCGCUUCUUCAAGGAGGGCGUGCCUGGCGCCGACAUGCUGCCUCAGCCCUACCUGGACGCCAGCUGCCCCAUGCUGCCCACAGCUCUGGUGAGUCUAAGCCGCGCCCCCAGCGCACCCCCGGGGACCGGAGCCCUGCCACCAGCAGCCCCUUCGGGCCGGGGCGCAGCCGCAAGCCUGCGCAAGAGGAAGGCGUCCCCCGAGCCCCCGGACUCCGCCGAGGGC